AUGUGGUUCUUGCACUCAGAUUUUAGCCGUAUGGUCAGUGAUAGUUGGAAUGCCCCAGCCCAUGGUUCACCUGAUUUUAUUUUUCCCUUUAAUUUGAAAAGAUUGAAGGUGGCGAUGAAAGAUUGGAACCUUAGAGUUUUUGGAAAUAUAAACUCUCGUUUAAAACAAGAUCAACUUCGUUUUGAAAUGGCUGCUAGGAACUCAGAUGAGGAUCCAAGUGAUACAGCUAAGUUAAAUGUCAUGAAGGACGUUAUGGCUAUUCUUUCAGAAACUAGGUUUCAACAGUCUACUAUGUUGAAACAGAAAUCAAGGAUCCAAUGGCUGGUGGAGGGUUCAAAUUACAACCAAUUGCGUGAUCAUGUUGUGCAUUACUAUGAAGAUAAGUUCAAUGGCCAGGAGACGCAGCUUGAGGAAGACUUAUUCAAUUUUGAUCACCCCAGCAUUUCUAUUGAAAAAAGUCAUGCCAUGGGCAAUAUUCCGUCUCUAGAAGAAAUUAAACAAGUUGUUUUUGAGUUGGGUGCUGAUAGUGCUCCAGGUCCGGAUGGCUUCUCUAGGUGUUUUUAUCGGCAUUGUUGGGAUAUCAUCCAUGAGGAUUUGAUUUUAGUUACUAGACUAAGCAAUGUGUUGGAUAAGCUUGUUUAUGAGGAGCAGGUAGCUUUUAUGAAGGGUCGUAACAUCCAUGAAAAUAUCAGUUUGGCUUCGGAAAUGGUUAAUGAACUUCAUAUUAAGCGUAAGGAUGGUAACAUUGGUCUUAAACUUGAUAUCUCUCAGGAUUUCGACACUGUUAGUUGGAAUUUUGUUUUAGAAGUCUUUCGUAGAUAUGGCUUCUCGGAGAAGUGGUGUGCUUGGCUUUUGGAUAUUUUUAGUUAUGCUAGAAUCUAUGUUCUUUUGAAUGGCAAUCCGGAGGGUUAUUUCAAAAUUACUAGAGGUUUGCGUCAAGGUGAUCCCCUAUCUCCCUUGAUUUUUGUCCUGAUUGAAGAUGUUCUUAGCAGAAAUAUUACGAAGAUCUUUAAUGAAAAGAAAAUGACUCCUAUGGUUACUAGAAAUGGUCUCUCUCCUACUCACCUUUUCUUUGUCGACGACAUUAUGAUUUUUUUUAAGGAAAUCUUAAAAGCAUUCAUAAUCUGGUGGAUUUAUUGGUGUGAGAGGGCAAUUAGGAAUUUUAUUUGGCCGGGAGAUGCUAAUGUUAGUCUUGUUGUUGUUGUGGCCUUUGAUAAAGUCUGUUGCCCUUUUGAGGAGGGGGUUUAG